AUGGGAUCAAGGAUUUGUUUUUUGAGAGAACGACCAAUCGAUAUUGCUCUGUGGUUAGACUUUGAGCUAACCGAAAACCGUCUCUCCUACUCUCAUGUUAACAUUCGAGAAGAGGCGAAGAUCAAUAGCCCCUCACUAUCAAGGAAUGAGGCAGGACAUAAAGUUGGUGACCAAAUCUUACAUUGUUAUGCUCCGGGUCUCAAAUUCCUCUCUAUACUAUUUGAAUAUAUUAUUACUGGUCCAAUCGUCCCACCAAACCUUGCAAUGGUCGAAAAAGACAUUGCCAGAUUUAAAUAA